AUGGAAUCUCAGGACGGAAUCACCGUCCGCCCCAUGAGGCUGAAGGUCCUCUACACAUUUGACAACGAGAACAAGACGAAUUGUCUUGCGCGAUGGCCUCACGUGCUCGAUAUCCAAACUGCCUACCUUGACGAAACAACUCCGAUCGGUGUGAUCGAGCUGAAGACAUGCAUACAAGCAAUCGUGUCCGCUAGCCCGGAAUUGGUGGCACAACUGGGCAAGGACUACACUGUUUACGCAUACGACUACUCCGAAUAUGAAACUCCACUGGUUGGACAGGGAAUGCUCUCAUGGGUUCUGGCUUCUGCCUCGCCGACUCCGGAGGCCCCCGCCCAUCAGUCCAAAACCAUGGUAACUGGUCGCGUGUGCAAAAAUCCACUUGGCAUUUUCUCUAAGGGCUCUGCUCAGGAGACUUUAGAAGUCAAGCUUCGUCUGGUUCCAGUCCCGACCGUUAUGCAAAGCGAAUACCUCGACAGUAUGCAAAAAUAUCGUGAAUUGAGCAACGUCAUUCCCCACGACUUCGAUGCUCAAUCCUGGACCAACUUCAUGCGCCAAAACCCAGCUCUGCUAGAGCGAUCUCGAAGCCAACAAUACGAUUCGGCCUCGUCGCCCAUGAACCAAUCUGGAAUUGAGCGUUUCCACCAGCUGUUGAGUGAGGGUGCCACCCCUCGAGAGUUUUCAAACUACCCUGGCAACGAAUCUACCCGCUCUGCAUCGCCUACGCACUCGUUCGGUCCCCCGAGUCGAAUGUCCACUCCAGGUGGGACUCGCCCUUCAGCACAGCAGCAACAAUCCCAAUCUAAGGGCUUUGCUUCCAAUGAUAUCAUCCGCCCAUCUUCGAGCGCCUCGAUGCGUGACAGUGAUUAUCAAUCUCAAAGCUAUCAUCAACAACGCAGAGGAUCUAUAAUUUCCGGUUAUGGAAGUGGAGGAGAGGAGUCCUCUGACCCUCAGCCUCGCAAGAGAGCCAAGCUCUACCAAGCAAAUUGGCCUGGAAAGUCAGAUAUGAACAUUGAAAGGCAGCCCAGCUCGCUCCGUGUGCAAGCUAGCACAGCUGCUUCUGUCCGCAUCCACCGGCCCACCCCUGUGAACCCCCUUCUCGCCGGAGAACAUUCGAAUGAGGAGCCCGUUCGUCCGCCAACCCCUAUUUCUGGCCCUAGUGACCUUCCACGCCGUGCAAGACCCUCAUCUAGCCUCUUGCGAGAGUAUUCCGCGCCCAGCUCCUCCUCCUACAUGUCACCCUACACCCCCAGUGAUGAUAUUGUGGGAACGGACCAGAUAGCUACAUCGCCCGAGGACUCGCACUACCAAGGCCUUUUUGAACCGUCAUUCAGUAUGCCAUCGUCGCCGCCUGUUAUGGACUGUCGAUUCCCCUCCAAGUCCAGCCCCAACCUGCCUCCGAUCUCCCUGGACACUGACCCGGGAUUCAUGAGCGGCGGUCUGGAUGACUUAAUAGACAACGGAGCAACGACUCCGGUCGAGGAGCCCCAGAGAGCUCAAUCUCAAGCUAGUGAGCAAAUGCGCCCUCGCUCUGUUCGUCCAGCCGUACAGGCUAGUUCUCCGGUCAGCAUGAUUGGCCCUGAGUCACAGAACACCCAGCAAGGCCCAGCGCCACAGCCUGCAAAGAAGCAGGACUCGCGCAUGCCUCCACGGACAACGUCUGCCUCUUCUCGGCCCACUUCACGAGGCGGCGCCCAAUACACCCCGAAAUCAAUUGCUCCGGCGCCGAUAUCCCAAAAUGAACUCGAACGGCUAAUUGCCACAAUCCCUGCCAGUGACCCGGCCGGUCCUUCUCACCCCCCUCAGACAUGGGCUGGCCCUAUGAGUGAUUGUUACGCGCAGACACCAGGAGCAGGAACCUUCGUUCCGGCACCUACUAGCGGCCGUCGCCGCAAAGCUGACGCCUCUCGUCGAGCCAAGCAAAUCCAGACGCGCUUAGAUACUGCUAUCAGAGAGGGGCAAAUGCCUCCCUACUGCGAGAAUUGUGGUUGUAUCGAAACGCCAACAUGGCGAAGGGCGUGGUCUAAGGAGAUCGAAGGCAAUGAGCACACCGCCAAGGAAAUGAUGGGAUUCGAACACUCGUUGUUCUGGGAGCCAUUGGAAAAAGGUAUCCAUGCCGAAGUGACCAGAUUCAAAAUUUUUAAAAAGACUCUUAACGAGGAUGAGGUCGACUUUGUCCAAGUCCUUCUCUGCAACCCUUGUGGCCUAUGGCUCUUCAAGGCGAAGAGCAUGCGCCCGGAGAACAAGUGGAACAAGCAACCCGCUGAAAAGAUCGGGGAAAAGAGACAGCGACCCUCGCGGAAGCGCAAGCAAAGUGGUGGUCCCCUCUCGAAGCCUUCCACUCGCAAUAAGGCCGGGACCGAGGCCGCGGCCUCCUCUCCCGCCCCCACAGAAGCUUCCUCCGUUCAAGCGGGUGAAGGUGCUACUCCCCAACUGGACAACCCUCAAGAGGAUGCCGAGAAUUUGUCUUUGAAUGAAGCUCCCGAGGAGCCCGCUGCAAAACGUCGCCGCGCAAACAGCGCCGAGCCUCCGCGUUCUACCGACUCUGUCAAGGGCCGUUGGGAGGAGCAGGACGCUGUCGAAGCCCUCAAGCUUGCGAUUCAAUCCAGCCCGGCGAGGAAUAUGGAGUCUCGAAAAAUCCCCUCAGAUGAGACAAAAUUGACUCCAAAGCCUGUGCGCCGCGCGCUCUUCCCAGCUUCCCAAAACGAAGGUGCUCUGAAGGAAGUAGAUGCUUCCUUAAUCAAUGACUGCAUCCCUCGUCGCAGUCCUCGUAUUGCUUCCUCUUCUCGCGAGGAUAAGCGAUCCCGAGACAAGGAGAACCAGGAUCCUACCAAUAACCAUGACCUCGAUUAUCUUUUUGAGAGCCCUGCGGAUUUUGAUCUGCCAGUCAGCCCAACACCUCGCCGACGCAACCCUCGCGUCAAUGCAGUACACGAGAGACGACACUCCUUGCCUUCCAACUCCCCCACCGCCAAUAGACAGAGAGAUGUCAUUUCCGCCACAAAUGCAGCUCGUCUCACUGCCGCGCGUCUCCAGCAUCUUCAACAAGAAGGUCAGGAAAGCACUACCUCAUCACCUCGCCAGCAGCCAUCUCCUCUCAAGAACGGCUUGGCGGCACUUUCCGACACAGGUCUGAACCCGGAUGCCUUGAACUCUCUCGAUGGGAUGAUGCUUGAUAUCUUCGACGACGCCAAUCACCCCAACCUGCAUCUGGGCGAUGACUGGGCAAACUGGCUACCCACAGACUACGUCUCUCCGACCGGAUCGGAGGGUCACGGUGCCUCGGAUGAAAUGCUCACUGCCCUACUCUCCGGCCCUGCUCUCAUGAAGGAGAAUCUCCAGGACUCCCAGUUCAGCAUGUUUGAUCUCGCGAACACCAAUAUUCCCGACUCGGGCUUUUUCAGCUCCGACGCUCUCCAAGGAGACGCUGCCAGUCUGCCAUCAAAGGCUCAGCCUGCUCAGGAGCAAUCUACCGGCCAUGAGGCCAAUUCCCCUACUGCCUAA